AUGACAAGUGUCAUCGAAACAGGAUACUGCGCCUGCAUCCCACGCUGGGAUAUUGAAAAUGUACCCAGCAAGAACCUACGCAAACAAUCAUGGCUGACGUUUGACUUCACCCCGGGCUCAACAGCCACUAGAGCUCGGGGCUCCCCGCCUCCUUCUCCUCCGCGCCGCUCUCCUCCCGCCUCCGCCUCUCCCCCGCCAAAGAAGAAACGCAAGCGUGUCGCCCGCUAG